AUGGACUUACGUGGGUUGAAAACCAAAACUGUCGACGUCGAUGGAGCCGUUCACGAGAGAAUUCUUCGCUUAAAGCGUAGUAGGUCCGGUUCAAAGGCGGCCGUCACCAGAAGACAGCGCGAAUUACUUGAGCUAAUGAAGAGCUCUGACAAUGUUGAUCAGGUUAGAGCGAAGUUUCUUGAUUUAGAAGUAGCUAUGAGACAUUUUAACGAAGCACAUGAUAAGUAUCACGCUGAGUUGACUGAUGAAAGUGCAAUUCGGGACUCGAUCGAGUAUUUUGAAUCAGUGAAACGUAUGGGAACUGCGGUGUUUCAGUCAUUUGAGGUCUGGUUGCAAUCUGCUCAGUUUAAGCUCCAAGAAGAAUUAGAUCUUGCCAUCAGUCUUCAUCCGGAAGACUCUAUCAGUAAUAUUAGUUCUACGAAAUCGAAGUCUGCUGCAAGUUCUAGGAGGCGCAAGUCUAAAUCUAGCGCUAGUUCCAGUCUCUCACAGUCAAGCACCGCUUCAAGUGCAAGGCUGAGAGCCUCUGCUAAGAAAGCUGCCUUGUCAGUGGAAGUAGCUGCAUUGAAGACACGCCAGGACAUUCAGUUAGAAGAACUCUUGUUGAAGCAGAAGAAAGAAAAUUUUGAGUUGGAAACUAAGUUAGCAAAGGCCGACGCUGAAGAAAAGGUGUACAGUUAUUGUGAGGAGCGACGCCUGUCAACACUGUCAAGUCAGUUACCGACUUUACAUGCAACCAAGAAGGAGAGCACCGUGGAUAUGCCUGAAGGCCAAGAAAGUCACACACUGACACUAGCAGGUCAAUUUGCAACUUCCACUCCAGGUCAAGUCGAAGAGAAGGAAACUGUGGAAGCUCCAGUUCAUCAGACAGAGGAAAAUCAAGAGGUUAAAUGCAGUCCACUAAACCCAGACGCCCCUGUAUGGAAAGGUUACGGAUGCUCACCCUCUGCGAUUAAUGGUGAAAGUGCUGAAGGUGGAUUAUUGGAACAACACCUAGAUCUAAGUGACAAGAAUGUCAGUCACGUGAUUGAAGUCCAGAAGAUGCAACAACAACAAAAUCAACAGCUUCAGGAAUUGCUGAAACAGCACCAGCUUCAAACAUUAGCCAUGACAUUGCCACAGCCUGAAAUCUCUGUGUUUUCGGGUGAUCCUGUUGAGUACUCUGACGUCGUGCGAGCCUUUGAAAAUUUAAUAGAGUCAAAGACAAGCAGCCCGAACUCACGUUUGUACUAUCUCGUUCAAUAUACAUCAGGAGAAGUGAAGGAGUUAAUGCAAAGCUGUUUAUCGAUGGAUCCCAAAGAAGGCUACAAGACUGCAAGAGCACUCCUUAAGGAUAGAUAUGGUCAAAGCUACAAAAUAG